UCGCCAGCGCACCCGCCCGGCCAUCCCACGCGCGCCGCUCCCCCACCCAUGCCGACCGGCCAGGCGCGAGCGCCGCAGCCACCGCUACCGCCAACGCCACCGACGGAUCAUCCCUCCUCCCCGGCGCCGGCGCACCGCCGCCACCGCACCUUCUCCUCCUCGUCGUCCUCGUCCUCCUCGUCGCUCUCCACGGUCUCCUCCGCGGCCUCCUCGCCGUCGCCGUCCCCGCGCGGCCGCGGCGCCACCUCCGUGCCCUUCUCCUGGGAGCACCACCCGGGCAUCCCCAAGACGCGCCUCCACGCCGUCGCCGGCGCCACGGCGGACGCCCCCUCCCCCGCGCCGCCGCUCCCGCUGCCGCCGCCCCUCCGCGCCCGCCACAAGAACCACCAGCAGACCCGCCGCCGGCGCGCCGGCAGCAGCCAGCCUGCGGCCGGCGCGGACCCCUUCGCCGCGGCGCUCGCCGAGUGCACCAGGGAGCGCGCCGGGGCCGACAGCGAUCGCCGCCUCAUGGACAGCCUCUUCCCGUCCCCGGCGGCGGCGCCGGCGUCGGCAUCGUGCGCGCCCGGCAGCCGGCGGUGGUCCAUCGCGUCCGCCGGCGGGGUGGUCGGGCUCGUCGACCUGUACGGGUGCAAGAGCGCCAUGGGCGUCGCGGAGGGCGCGUUCGUGGUGCGCCGGCCGGUGGCGGUGGUCCGGCCCGGGCCUGGCCGGGCGGGCCUGGGCCGGGCCGGGCGGCGAUGAGGGCCGUGGUGGUGGGUCGCAUCGUGAUGGAUGGGCUCUCAGUUAGGUACAUAAAUAAUCGAUCCAUGUGCAAAAAAAUGUUGAGAUCGAAAAUGAGGUUGAACCCUUUUUUUUUCUUCUUUUUUUCUUUAUGUUUUAUGAGUGAAGCUUCUUAGUGGAUGUGAUUGUUACGAAUAUAUGAAUGUUUGGCAUAAACAUCCACUAAACGAUGUCGUGAUGUAGAAUUUUUAUAUAUAUCGUUGAUGGUAUAUAUUUUAACCAAAAGUAUAUAAUGGGGUAUACUGCCA